CUGCAGAGUAGGACGGACCGCGCGUGCGCAGGGCUAAGGCGCGCCCCGGGCGGCCGUUAACAUGGCGACUGUCGCUGAGCUCAAGGCGGUUUUAAAGGACACCUUGGAAAAGAAGGGGGUCCUAGGGCAUUUAAAAGCAAGGAUCCGAGCUGAAGUAUUCAAUGCCCUGGAUGAUGAUUGUGAACCUCGACCAUCAUUGUCUCAUGAAAACCUCUUAAUUAAUGAGUUAAUUCGGGAGUAUUUAGAAUUCAACAAAUACAAGUACACAGCAUCUGUUCUUAUAGCAGAAUCUGGUCAACCUGUAGUUCCACUGGACAGACAGUUUCUCAUCCGUGAACUAAAUGCCUUUGAAGAAUCAAAGGAUAACACAAUGCCUCUUUUAUAUGGAAUUUUAGCUCACUUCUUGCACGGCAACAAGGAUGGUGUUCAAAACACAUUCCUGAAAGAAUCUUCACUUCAGCCUCCAAACCCAGAUCUUGGCAGACAGCCAAAUGGAAGAAAACAAGCAGAUGGUCACCUGGGCAAGGAAAAGAGAACGAGCCCCAGUAUUGAAGAGCUUCAUGCUUCCCAAACAGUGAAGAGAUGACACGUCCAUCAGGACAUCUUUUAUCUUAACAUUAUGCAUAUUGAAUAACUUAUUUAUUAUCUCAACAUUAGCAGUAUGCACUGUUAUUUGUAUUUUGUAGAAAUUUGAGUUUCUGCAAAACACUUAAACCCCCUUGUUUCACUGUACUUGUGAAUAAAAGCUAACUGUCAUCUGCUUUACUGGAUGUGACUGGAAAGAAAAACCAUUGGUUUUAAGAUAUAUUUUAAAGAUCUUUAAAUUUCAGUAAUCAGUACAUUCUUCUUUCUUUUUGGUACUAGGAG